CUUCCUGCGGGGGGCGGGUCCUCACCCGGAAACGGGCGCAAUCCCCACACCUGGACGGCGGGCUGCUGCGUGCGGCGUUCGGCAAUGAGCGUCCUCGUGAGGGCCGGCGUCUGGCCGCUGAGAGCCGCGCGCGCAGUCAUUCCGUGUUUUUGGAGAGGAAAGUACUUCAGCUCCGGGAAGGAACCUGCAGAAAACAACCUGGUGACUCCUAUGCUGCGGCAUCUUAUAUACAAAAUUAAGUCUACUGGUCCCAUCACCGUGGCCGAGUACAUGAAGGAGGUCUUGACCAACCCAGCCAAGGGAUAUUAUGUGCACCGUGACAUGCUAGGAGAAGAAGGAGAUUUUAUUACUUCACCUGAAAUAAGUCAGAUCUUUGGGGAGCUUCUAGGAAUAUGGUUCAUUAGUGAAUGGAUAGCCACUGGAAAAACUGCAGCUUUCCAACUGGUGGAACUGGGCCCAGGCAGGGGUACCCUCUCAGGAGAUAUUUUGAGGGUGUUUAGUCAGCUUGGAUCUGUGCUGAAAAACUGUGACAUUUCAGUACAUCUGGUAGAGGUGAGCCAAAAAUUAAGUGAGAUUCAAGCAUUAACAUUGACUGAAGAGAAGGUCCCAUUAGAGCGAGAUGCUGGAGCCCCAGUAUACAUGAAAGGUGUCACAAAGUCUGGAAUUCCAAUUUCCUGGUACCGAGAUCUGCAGGAUAUUCCAAAAGGGUUCAGCUUUUAUCUUGCACAUGAAUUUUUUGAUGUUCUUCCUGUGCAUAAGUUUCAGAAAACACCACAUGGAUGGCGAGAGGUCCUCAUUGAUAUCGAUCCACACGUGUCUGAUAAGCUGAGGUUUGUUUUGGCACCUUGUGCCACCCCAGCAGAAGCCUUCAUACAAUGUGAUGAAACAAGGGAUCACGUGGAAGUGUGUCCUGAUGCAGGUGUUAUUAUUCAGGAACUUUCUGAACGCAUUGCAGUAACUGGAGGUGCUGCUCUGAUUGCUGAUUAUGGUCAUGAUGGAACGAAGACCGAUACCUUCAGAGGGUUUUGUGGCCACAAGCUUCACGACGUCCUGAUUGCCCCAGGAACAGCAGACCUAACAGCUGACGUGGACUUCAGUUACUUGCGCCGAAUGGCACAGGGAAAAGUAGCUUCUCUGGGUCCAGUGAAACAGAAAACAUUUUUAAAAAAUAUGGGCAUUGAUGUCCGGUUGAAGGUCCUUUUAGAUAAAUCAGAUGAACCAUCAUUGAGGCAGCAGUUACUUCAGGGAUAUGAUAUGUUAAUGAACCCUAAGGAGAUGGGAGAAAGAUUUAACUUUUUUGCCUUGCUACCUCAUCAGAGACUUCAUGGUAGAAAUCAUCAGAUAAAUGCAUUGCAGUCAGAACCCUCUCCAUCACCUGUUGCUGGGUUUAGUGAACUUGUUUGGCGAUGAUAUUUCAAUUUGGGCUUUUUACCCUCAAGUCUGCCUAAGAAACCAGAAUAAAGAGAACAUAUGUAUCACAGGUAAAAUAAGUAUUAAAAUAUUUUAUUGCUUCACAGCCAAUAAAAAUAGCCCAUCUUAUUUAAAGUACAACUAAACAGUGAUCUUUUAAGAUUGUGUUUGACUCUUGGUACAAAUGUGUGUUCUCAAUUUAAUGAAACAUAUUAUUGAGUUUCCUCUAAUAAGGCUACUUACUGCAUUUUUAUUUUAAAAAGUAAACAUGAAUACUGAUUGGUUUAAUAAAAACUGGAAACAAUCUAACUGGCCAUUCACAGGGGACUGAUUAAAUAGAACUAUCAUAUAUUAUUUAUAAAAUGAGGUAGAGCAACAUGUUCUGACAUAGAAAGAUCUCUAAGACUUAGUAAGUGAAAGAAGUAGGGUACAAAGUGUUUCACAGUUAUGAUUCCAUUUUUGUUGGAGAAAAAGCUACAUUUAAAGGAGUGCUCGUAAGUAAUUUAUAGCAAUUACAACACUAAAUGCAAACUAGUUGUUUUCUCUUCUAUGGUAUUUACUUGUAUAUGAAAGGAAAGAAAGGAUGGACAGUAAUCACUAUUUAUAGAAGAGUCUGUUCUUUCUUUAUUGUAAAUUCUUGCCUUCUUUGUUGUAGAAUAAGUUAUCGUAGGUGUGUGGGUUUAUUUCUGGGCUCUCUAUUCUGUUCCGUUGAUCUAUGUGUCUGCUUUUGUGCCAGAACCAUGCUGUUUUGAUUAUUGUUGCUUUAUGGUAUAGUCUGAAGUCAGGGAGAAUGAUGCCUUCAGCUUUGUUCUUUUUUCUCAAGAUUGCCUUGGCAAUUUGGGGUCAUUCAUGGUUCCAUAUAAAUUUUAGGUUUGUUCUAGUUCUGUGAAAAAUAUCAUGGGUUUUUUUUGAUAGGGAUUGCAUUAAAUCUGUAGAUUGCUUUGGGUAGUAUGGACAUUUAAACAGUAUUAAUUUUUUCAAUCCAAGAACACAGGAUAUCUUUCCAUUUCUUUGUAUCAUUUUCAGAUUCCUUCAUGAGUAUUUUAUAGUUUUCAGAGUAUAGGUCUUUCACUUACUUGGUAAAGUUUGUUCCUAGGUAUUUUAUUCUUUUUUAUGUGAUUUUAAAUGAGGUGUUAUUACUUUCUUUCUGAUAGUUCAUUAUUAGUGUUUAGAAAAGCAAGAGUUCUAUAUAUUAAUCUUACACCCUGCAGCUUUCCUGAAUUCAUUUAUUAGUUCCAGUAGUUUUUUGGUGGAGACUAGGGUUUUCUAUAUAUAGUGUCAUGUCAUCUGCAAAUAGGGACAAUUUGACUACCCCCCUUCCAAUUUGGAUGCCUUUUACUUCCGUUUCUUUUCUGAUUGCUGUGGCCAAGACUUCCAAUUCUGUGUUAAAUGGAAGUGAAGAAACUGGGCAUCCUUGUCUUGUUUCUGAUUUUAGAGGAAAGGACGUUAGCUGUGGAUAUGUCAUAAAUGGCCUUUAUUAUGUUGACAUAUGUUCCCUCUUUAUCAACUUUGAUCAGAGUUUUUAUCAAUGAAUGACUUAAAUUUUGUCAGGUGCUUUUUCUGUGUCCGUUGAAAUGUGAUUUUAUCCUUUUGUUAAUGUGGUGUAUCACAUAGAUGGAUUUGCGAACACUGAACUAUCCUUGCAUCCCUGGAACAAAUCUCACUUGGCCAUAGUGUAUGAUUCUUUUUAUAUAUUGUUGGAUUCAAUUUGCUAAUAUUUCAUUGAGGGUUGUUGCAUUUGUAUUCAUCAGAGCUGUUGGCUUGUGAUUUUCUUUUUUUGUAGUGUCUUUACCAGGUGUUGGUACCAGGAUAGUGGUGGCCUUACAGAAUGAAUUUGAGUGUUCAGUCUUCAAUUUUUUGGAAUAGUUUGAGGAGAGGUAUUAGCUCUUUUUCACAUGUUUAGUAGAAUUCCCCUGUGAAGCUGUCCUGUCUGGACUUUUGUUUGCUGGGAGUUUUUUAAAUUACAAAUUCAGUUUCACUGUUAGUAAUUGGUCUGUUCAGAUUGUCUAUUUGAUUUAGUACUGGCAGGUCGUAUGUUUCUAGAAAUUUGUCUGUUUUUUCUAGGUUGUAUCUCUGUGGUAUUGCUUGUUAUUUCUCCUCUUUCACUUCUUAUUUUAUUUGGGUCCUCUCUUUUUUCUUCUUGAGCCUGGCUAAAGGUUUGUCAAUGUUAUCUUCUCAAAAAAACCAGCUCUUGGUUUCAUUUAUCUUUUAUUUUGUUUUAUUUAUUUCCUUUCUGAUCUUUAUUAUUUCCUUCCAUCUGCUGAUUUUGGGCUUUGUUCUUUUUCUAAUUCCUUUAGAUAAGAGGUUAGGUUGUUUAUUUGAAAUUUUUCUUGUUUCUUGAGGUAGGCCUUAUAUUGCUAUAAACUCCAAUAAUCAUUAUUAAAUUUCCAAAUCUGGAAAUGGGUUUGAGGGGUGGGAAGAGACUUAAACCUGACAUGUACUUAAAACAUCAGAGUAAAUGCAGACUACCUAGGAGGAAUAAUUUUUAAAUUGAGCUAAUUCUCUUAUUUCCCGAUAAGUGUCAAGAUUUUGUUCUGUAAGUUCUCAUUUUUUGGUUCACAGAACUUUUAUAUUAAUACCAGAUAUAUGGACUUUCUAAAGAAUUGUUACAUUAGCAACACAAAUUUAUAAGUUAGAUUAAAGGAAAAGAAUAUUAGCCAUAUGUCUUGAAUUUAUAGCAUAACUGUUUUGGGGGUUUAGUGGCAGAAUGAUGAAUGCUUGCUUUAUAUUGUUUCUUUUGCUUAACUGGGAACAGGACCAGCAUUCUGUGUCUUACCCUAAAGUAAAGGAAGAUGGAGGCCUUAUUUUUCAGGUGCUGCCCAGCUUUGGACCAUUCCUACCCACCCUUAUUCUAUUCCCAUAUUUAUUUUCUUCUUUUGAUAACUUGGUUGGAAAAUUUUUGGAAGAUGAAAAUGCCCAUAGUUGGCCCUUCCCAAUUCUUAAUACUUUUUAUGGUUAAGGGGGAGGAGUCCGGCAGUGCUUCUUAAACCUAGAAAUUUUACUUUGAUUCUAUGUAUUUAGCUUGUUUAAGUCUUCUGGCAGUUGCAAUAGUUGAAUAUUUGAUGGCAGUUUCUGAAAAAUUUACAGUUAUAAAUUAUUACAAACUUUCAUUCCAAAAAAUGAGACCUGAGAUAAUUACCUCAAAUUUUGUAUAAAAUUGUAAUAAUGAAUUGUUUUUUAUUUUAGUCAGUUAAAAAAAAAAAUCUGUGUUCUUAAAUAUAGCAUUAGUUCCAUUUACAAAUACUAUUUCCAAAAGAGUUUUCUUACCAAGGCCUGGGAAAAUAACACAACCAAAUAAAAUUUUCUUUGGAAACCUCUACUAGAGAUAGGCUCACGUUUUCUCAUGGAAAAGUAUGGUGAUAUUUCUGGAAAUACAUUUUAUUAUCAAGCUUCUUUGAGGAUAUUUACAAAAAGUGGGAUGUAACAAAAAAUAAAAAUGUACUAAACAUUGCAUUAUAGACUACUUUGUACAUUAUCAAAUGUUUCUAACAAUAAUUCUUAUACAAAUAGAACAUGACUUCAAGACAAAAAAAGGUUAUGCAGGUUAUACAGUAACUGGAGAAAUUACUCAACUCCAAAUUAUCUGACAGUGCUUUUACAAUUUUUUUUUUUUAAAGAAAACUUAGGCAUUCAACAACAAAAACAAAAAAGAGUGCAAUUAAUUUCAUGGCUUGUAAAGUUUGAUUAUGUAAGUAUAGCAAACAGACAUCAUUCCAGUUAAUUUUCAUCUUACGCAGUAAAACCACAACAGGGUGCCUAAUGACUCAGAAUUACUUUGUUUUAGCAUACUGAUAUAAAUAGUUAUUAUUUUGGAGAAAUUUGGAGAAGUCAUCCUCUGUCACAAGGAAAAUACAUCUCCAAAAAUUUUAAAUUCCUAUAUGAGAAUGAAAUACUGAGAGACAUUGUGGAAUGUCACCUAGAGAUAUGUAGGGGUAGGCAGUAUAGCAGAAUGGUUAUCAGGGUUGUAAGAGGGACGGACUCUGGAGCUACAAUGCCCGGGUUCAAAUCCACAUCCCACCUGCACCUUCAGCAGCUGGUUACAUAAUCUCCCUGUGCCUCCAUUUCCUUAUCUGAGAGAUAGGGUUCACAAUGCACUUACCUCAUGGCUAUUGUGAGGUAAAUUAAAACGUGUAAGACGCUCACAGAGGAGCACUGCAUGUUUGCUUGUGUUCUCUCAAGUUACGUUUUUCUUCCUAGACGGGGAGUAGUUUCAAGGCUCUCUAGAGGCCAUCUCAGUCUUAGUCUGUUGACAAGAAGAGCAUUCCUUUCCUUUGCUAGCUCCAAUUAAGUGGUCAGUGACAAGUUAACAGUUUUAUAAUUUUUAGUUUAUUGAAUAUGUUCAUAAAUACCUGAUCUUCACAACAAAUGUGAAGAAGGUAGAGGCAAGAAUUACACUCUUCAUCUUAUAGACUGAGGAACUUGAGGCUCAGACAGACCGUCACUUGCCCAGGCCAACGUAGCCAGUAAGGAAUGGAGCCAGAUUUUUCGACUCCACAUCUUUUGCUCUUUU